ACUUUCGGCUUAACUACCACCAAGUCGUCGCGGGGCAGUGGGGGCAACCGCGAAAACGGAAUUUCACAAACUUUCAGCUCCAGCAGUUUCAAGGAAAUGUCAAAGACUGACAAGGCGGAAGAUAGAAUGGCAAGAGCUAAGACACCAAAAAGGCUCCCCAGAUCUUGCUUUCAAGAAAAUCAAUGAAAAAAGCAAGCAAUCACAACGUGAAGUCCAGGAUCCUGAGUGUGCUUAUCUUCACAGUCACUGCUGGGUCCCGAAGUCCUCCUCUGGCCCAGUGCCAGCUGCGGAGCCCUCUGCCAAAGGGCCAGAGGAGGCCGGUGAUGGAGAGCUCUGGUCGCCCACCCGUCAGGGCGCCGCUGAAGGUCACUGAAUACUUACUGUGCACCCGAAAAACAAAUCCUGCGAGUUCACGCCCGCGUGGCUCGGCCCCUGACUUUGAGUGGCUCCUUUCGCACGGGAUCUACAGACCCGAACUGCCCGAAAGACCUCUUUCACACGGACGUGAAGUCACAGAACUGGCAGCGUGCACGGUUCUUUGAAAUCUAACACAAAAAGCCACAGACAGAUUCUCUAAGCACCUCCUUCCCAGAGGGGCACGGACAGGGCACUG